CGCUUCACUAAAUAAAACUUCCCGAAUUAACACUCAACGUAUUGAAGCCUCGAUACGCCUUCUUCCCAUCACCACUUUACUGGAGUAAAACACUCAAUCUUUAUGUGCGGAUAAACUCGUCAGCGUCCACGUUGAAGCUUCUCCAGCUUAGUUUAGUUUAGCUUGCCCGUCGCCGCUAACAACGAGACGAGUUUGUUAUGAACACGCCGCUAAGCGGAGAUCACUUGUGAUUAUCGGGCGGAAAUGUGUGCACGAAGGAUCGCAGAGUACGACGAAGAACUUUCUGGAGCAAAAGAGGAGACCGACAGACAGCGUGAACUACUGGACGCUGGUUUCAAGCAACCUCCAGUUGUGUCACGCACAGCAGAAGAUCUUCGUCCUGAACAGAAGGAGUGGAGCACAAGGGUGGCGUAUCAGGAGCCAGAGCAGUCCCACAUUAAGGAGGAAGAGACGCCAGAGACCCCCCACGUCAAAGAGGAAGAGGAGGAGGCUGAUAUCACCAAGUUUCUGUCGACUGGUGUCAUUGUGAAGAGCGAAGAUGAUGAAGACCAAGAAGUGAGUGAAAAGUAUCUUCGUCCUGAGCUACAGGAGCCAGAGUCAUCUCCCAAUAAAGAGGACGUGGAUGUGGCUGAUAUCAACAAGUUGCUAUUGACUGAUGUCGCUUUGAAGACUGAAGAUGAAGGUAAAGGUCAGCAUGAGGAGGAAAGAAGGGCGGAGCCUCAGCGCAGCAGCGCAAGUCAACAUGUGACAACAGAUGGUAAUGGAGACCACUGCGGAGGAUCAGAAGCAGACAGCUGCUUCGCUCCACUAUCAGAUAGUGACGACGUAACGUCACACUCUUCUUACACUGAUGAUGAUGAUGAACACUCUAAACAUGAUGUGACAUAUCCCACUGACAAAAAACACUGGGAAUGUUCUCAGUGCGGUAAGACUUUGGGUUCAAAGUGGGGCUUGAAAGGACACAUGAGAUUGCACACUGGGGAAAAACCUUUUGCCUGCUCAGUUUGUGGUGAAAGAUUUGCGCACAAGGAACAAUUGGGAAGACACACGACAACACACACUGGAGAAAAACCCUUUGCCUGCUCAGUUUGUGGUAAAACAUUCACUACGAAGACAGAUUCAAAAACCCACACAAAAACACACAGAGGGGAAAAACCUUUUCCCUGCUCAGUUUGUGGUAAAAGGUUCUCUACACAAGGAAAUUUCAAAAGACACACAAGAAUACACACUGGGCAGAAACCUUUUGCCUGCUCAGUCUGCGGUAAAGGAUUCACUGUGAAGACAUGUUUAAUAAUGCACACAAGAACACACACUGGGGAGAAACCUUGCAUCUGCUCAGUUUGUGGUAAAAGAUUCUCUACACAAGGUAAUUUUAUAAGACACACAAGAACGCACAAUGAGGAGAAACCUUUUGUCUGCUCAGUUUGUGGGAAAAGCUUCUAUAUAAAAGAACGUUUAACAACGCACACUAGAAUACACACUGGAGAGAAACCUUUUGCCUGUUCAGUUUGUGAUAAAAGAUUCCAUGUAAAGGCACAUUUAAAAACACACACAAUAACUCACAAUGAGGAGAAACCUUUUGUCUGCUCAGUUUGUGGUAAACGAUUCUCCAGAAUGGGACAUUUGCGAGCACACACAAGAACUCACACAGGGGAGAAGCCUUUUGCCUGCUCAGUUUGUGGUAAAAGAUUUUCUGCGAAGGGAUGUUUGAACAGACACGUUGGAACACACACUGGAGGGAAAGCUUUCCCCUGUUCAGUUUGUGGUAAAAGAUUCUCUGUAGAAAGAUAUUUAAUAAGGCAUAGAAAAACACACACUGGGGUGAAAUCUUUUACCGCUUCAUUGUGCAACUUUAGUUCAGGACUGGAAGCGCUGGGUUUUGAGCACCAGGAACCAGAGCCCCCUCGACAUUAAAGAGGAACAAGAGCCAGAGACCCGCCCUCAUCCAUCCUUCGUUUUGUAAUUUCUUCAUUAUUUUAGUUGAAAUAUGUCCAUUUUGAUGAGUCUACGUAUUAUUUGGGCAGUAUUUCAUUCUUCAAUGACUUAUAAUUACACUGGGUCAUGGUCACUAUGUAAUGAAAGUCUGUUCAUUAGGAUGUAUUUUCUCAAAUGUGUUUAGAGCAUCAAGAAAA